UCCGCCCACCAGUCAGUGGACGAGCUGCGCCGGCUGGAGCUGCGUGGACUCUGGCCUCCGAGCAGUGGGAGGUUAUUGUCCCGCGCCCUUAGUGCCAACGGGAGGGAGGCAUUGAGGGUGCCAAUAGCCCGAAGUCCGCUGCCCCGCCGGCCCUUCUCUUACCUUGACUCCCAGACUCUCUUGGUGAAGCGCAGAGACUCAGGGUCGAUGGGGGAGUUUAGGGCUGAGAAAACACCCUGGAAGAAAAGUUCCUCUGCAUGGAAAAUGACACUUUUCAAUAUCAAUCCGGUUGCUCGGGCAUACUGUCUGAUAACAUUAGGGACCGAAAUGCUAAAUUCUGUCUUCAGUUUCUAUUAUGUGAAAUUUUUUAUACAUAUAUACCGAGUUCCUGAAGUGGCCUUCUAUCAAUCCCAGAUAAUUUUAAUGAUCUGGAAUGUUCUUAAUGUCCUGACUGGGUAUUUUCACAUCGACUUUAAGACUGAACGCUUUUUAUGCAGUAAUCUUUCUGUCUUAUAUGGAACUCUUUUAUAUGCAGUGGCCUUUCUGCUUCCUUGGUUCCCUUGGAAAUUCUAUGAAGAAAUUGACUGGCUUAGUGCACUUCACCUGGUGGUAUCAUUAUGUGCUUUUGAUAGCACACUUACUUGUGUGGAGCAAGCCCAGUGCAGAUUCUUUGCAGAAACUGUUACUAGGCAAGAAAGUCAUCUUCAGCUGAUUAAAAUGAAUCAUGUGGCAGCACUAGUAGGAUCUACCAGUGUCCUUUUCUGUGGCCUCAUCUCUAAUAACUUGGAAAUUCUGCCCAAAUUUCAGUCUGUUGCUAUUGUCAUUGCCUUUUUUGCAGCUUGCAGCCUUUAUAGUGGCAUGUACUACAUGAGAUAUUUUGAACCUAAAAGAAGCAGCCAGGAAAAUGUUUUCUUGGAAAGUGAACAGGAUCUCACCUGGACCUCUGUCGCCUUAUUUUUGAGACAAAUCUUGUUCCAGAAGAACUUCUUCCUUUUUCUGAUCAUGAGUUUCUUACAAGUCUUCCAUUUAACUUUCUUCAAUAACUUCAUGAUGAUUUUUGCAGAUAAUCUCAUUCCCAGGAAUGUUCUUUCUUCUUCCACAAGGAGCAUCAUGUACGGGGCAGGAUUCAUUUGCCCACAGUGCCUUGUCCUUAUGGGUCAGUCCUGGCUGAAGAAAUUUGGUUACUAUAAGAUUAUCUUAACCUCUUUCUACCUAGAAGGAGUGGUCUCCAUUGUCAUGUUACUUCUGGGACAGGAUUACUAUUACUGUUUGGCUUUUUAUCUCACUAUUAUCAAGGUGAUUGUGCAAGCUUCUUUUUGUUUAUUUAACCUGCCACUAGCUGACCUGAUCCAUGAAGAUUUACUGAAGUUCAAUAGGCAAUUGUCCCUUUGCUCAAUGAUUUUUGGCAUCUAUGCUCUGUUUACCAAGCCUGCUCAGUCUUUAGCUCCCAUGGGGGUGCUGUGUAAGCUAAAGCAGCAUGAAUAUGGGGACCCAAACAGCAGAAAAAAGGAGAAUUUGGGAGAAACAGCACUAUCAGAGCCUCUGCUACUUCCAGAAGCUAUAGUCAGCAUGUAUGUGGGGAAGUCAAGCCUAUGACCUUGGCCAUUGUGUUUAUCUCAGAGCCUGAGAAGUAGCAGCAGAAGCAUGGAGAAGGGGUAGGUAGUAGUAAGUUCUUGGACCAGGUAGGACUCAAGGUGAGGGGCAGACUGGAGGAGCAGCAGUUGGGGGGAUGGUCAUCCCUAAUGAAUGCAAUCCAGUCCAGAGCACCAAGGACAUUCUUAGCUAUGGCUUUUAGAGGAGGUAGUGGUGGUUGGAGGUU